CCGGGCCCCUGGGGCUGUCGAGCUGAGGCGCGCCUUGGAGCCCUGCUUGUUAGGGCUUGCAGCCAUGCUGAAGUGCGAGAUGAGCGGCAGUCAGGUGAAAGUAUUUGGGAAAGCAAUCCAAGCUCUAUCACGAAUCAGUGACGAGCUGUGGCUAGAUCCAUCUGAAAAAGGUCUUGCUUUAAGAUCUGUGAAUUCUUGUCGGUCAGCAUAUGGAUGUGUCCUCUUCUCUCCUGUGUUUUUUCAACAUUAUCAAUGGUCAACCUCAGUGAAAGUAGAUGAUAAUGAUUCUACAAUGUUGAAUUUAAAUUGCAAAUUGGGAAUGAAGUCAAUUCUGCCCAUCUUUAGAUGUCCAAAUUCUCUUGAAAGAACUGUAGAGAAGUGUAAAAUAUUCACCAGAUCCGAUGAGUGCAAAGUCGUCAUUCAGUUCUUCUGCAGACAUGGUAUUAGAAGAACUCACAAUGUGUGUUUUCAGGAAAGUCAGCCCUUGCAAGUUAUUUUUGAAAAGAAUAUGUGUUCUAAUACACUAGUCAUUCAGCCAAGAGUGCUUGCUGAGGCACUUGUUCUUUUUACAUCAAGUCAAGAAGAAGUUACUCUUGCUGUUACUCCACUCAGUGUUUGCCUUAAGAGUUCCAGUGAUGAACCAAUGGAUUUGACCAAUUCUGUGUACAGUGAAAUGUUUGUUGGUCCUGAUGAAUUUGACUUCUUUCAAAUUGGAGUUGAUACUGAAAUAACAUUUUGUUUCAAAGAAUUAAAGGGAAUGCUGAUAUUUUCAGAAGCUACACAUGCUCCUAUAGCCAUUCAUUUUGAUUUUCCUGGGAAACCCAUGUCUUUAAGUAUUGAGGAUAUGUUAUUGGAAGCUAACUUUAUCUUGGCUACAUUAGCUGAUGAGCCAAGUAGAGCAUCUUCUCCGCAAUCAUUGUGUCUUUCACAAAACCAAAAAAGGUCAGAUCUGAUGCACUCAACACACAACAAUUCAAAGGCUGGUAAAAAUGUAACCAGCAAGGCCCCAGGAUGUAUUUUGAGAAAAGCAGCACCCAAAAGGCUUUAUCCAAGUGAGACUCUCACAAACAUCUCUGCAUUGGAAAACUGUGGCAGCCCUACGAUGAAAAGAGCGAAUGGAGACAUUAGUGAAGUGCCAGAAAGCAGUGUCAGUGACACUGACAGGUGCCAGGGUCUCCUUACUUUUUUUUCCCUCCAAUUUUCUUGCAUGUUCUUUGGAGCAGUUUCUUCUGACCAGCGAGAACACUUCAACCACCCUUUUGACAGUCUGGCAACAGCAAGUGACAAUGAAGAAGAAGACAUGAAUAAUAUGUGA